ACGAUCGUCACCCUAAAGCUAUGUAAACAAAGAAAGUGGAAAAAUGACCCUAAUUUUGAACAUUAUGUGUGGUUCAUACAUUGAUUGAUUUUGAAAACCAUGACCUAUUAUCAUGAGCGGUGAGCUGUACCUUCGCCAUAUGCUCAAAAGCCUAUCCUGUAAACUAACCGCCAAAUCGUUCCUGUGGCCUCUCUUCAUUGUCUCCUUCCUACUUCUACUUCUUAUUCUCUACUAUUGUACUCAGAUCGAGAUCAGUCACAACCUGGAUGGGCUCCAAUCCGGUCCCAACUCCGACCAUCCAUGUGCCACCCAUUCAGCUGCGUUCCAGGAUCACUUUGUGGUGCCCAAUCACGUGCAUUUUGUCCAUUUUAACACUCCAAACUUCUCAUUUGUCUCGUUCGUGUGCAUUGCUUCAGCCUUAAUCAAUCACAGACCCGAGAGGGUCAUCAUUCACACCAAUGUCAACACGACCGAACUUGAUCAGGACCGCUUCGUCCGAGUUUUGCGGCGAAAUUUCCCUCUGACCGUAGAAUUCCGCACUACUCGCCGUCCGACCCACGUGUUUGGGUUUGUGGGCACACAAGCCCUUUUUUUUGAGCCCCAAAGUUACUUUGGCCGAGUGUGGUUGGAGUCGUAUCGGGAUUAUCGACCCUCAUUGUGGUAUUACAAUAGCGGAGAACUUCUCACCACUACAGUUUUACGGCAGUGUCCGGACUUGGUCCAUCGAGAGCCGGUUUUGUUAGGAGUACAAGGGUUGGCCCAUGAACUUUAUGAAAUGAUGUGGGACCAGUGGCGAAAAUACUACACUGUACAUUUAUUAUUCAGACACCGCGAGUAUCUGACCCCGGGGGAUCAAAAUCAGAGUGGGAUUAUGGAAUUUGACGAGGUGAAUGUUUGGAACUAUAACCACACAUUUGGAGCCAUGGCUCGUCAAGUGCUUUCAAAUAUACAAGAUUUUCCUUGAUAUUGAGAAGAUUUUGAAGAAAUAAUACACACUUAACGAUGA